AUGGAUAAUAAGAGUAAAGGAAGUUCAAAAAGCAGAAAAGAAUUGGGAGGUAUUGUUGAAUAUUCAAUUAUAGAUGAGUUGAGUUUGAAAGGAGUGUCAUUAUUUAAACUGGAUGUUAAUUAUGAUCAUUUGAAACAAUUUUUAGAAGGAGUUUAAGCUGAUCUUGAUAAUCAUACAGUGGAGAUAGAAGGAAUAAAGAAAUUGCUUGGACCUAGCGAAAUUAUAUUAUUAGUUAAAGUUCAAUCUAAUUUAGGUUCAAGAAUAGUUUCAAUUAUUAAGUGAUUCAUUACAUUUUUCAGAUAAGGAUAUAGAAAAAGAAUUAUCAACUUAAUUAAGCACAUACAUUACAUAAAUCUAAGGAAAGUAAAAGUAUGGAAAAGGAGCUUUAGAGAAAAUUAUUACUGAAAUGAGAGGAAAAUUAUUUUCAGUUAUCUCAAUGAUUUAACAUCUUUAUAGAGAGAAGAAGGUAGUUAUUAAUAUUAAUAGUAGAGAUAAGAUUAACGAUUAACAAAAUUAGAAAAUGAUAUGUUAACAAAGUUUGAUACUAAAGAAUGUAAAGAGAAAAUGAGAAAAUAAAAAAAUCAAUUAGAAUAGUAGAUUGAAGAUUUACAAAAGAAUAAUAGACAUGAAUUAGAUACUGUUGAAAAGAAAUUAUCAACUGAUAUAUAGAAAUUUGAAGAGGCAGUUAGAGAUGUAGAAAGGUAUAUUAAUUGAGUUUAAAUAUAAGAAAAACUUUAUGGAAAAUACAUGAUUGUUAAGAUUUAUUAUCAAAAAGAACAAAUGAAGAAUUUGUUAAUGAGGCUAUUAGAACUAGUGAAGAUAAAUUAUUAAAAGAAGUAUAUUGAAUUAUAUAAUAUUAGAUUUAAUAAAUGUAAAAUAAUGAUUAAUUAAUUAAAUUUCAAUAAGAUAUUGCAUAUAUUAGAAGUUAAAUCAAAGGAAUUGAUGACACAGUUGGAGAAAAACAAUCAAAAUUAAAAAUAUAAUUAAAUGAAAUGAAUGAUUUGUAAAUUUUUAUUAAUAUUUUUAGAUUGAAGUCUAAAAUAAAUUUAAUUGAUAAAUUAGUGGAAUAAAAUAAACAAUAAGGAGAUAAAAUAAUAGAUUUAAAUAGUAGAUUAGCUACUGCUAUAAAUAAAUUGGAUGUUUCAAAUCAAUUAGAUUAACAUAGAUAAAAAAUUAAAUAAUUAGAAGAUGGAAUUUAAAGAUUAAAUGAUGAAGCUAAAGAAAGAGUUGAAGCUUUAAAGGAUAUGAAUUUAAAUGCUGAAAAUGUAGCCUAUUUAUUAUCUAAAAUUGAUCCUCAUAAAAUUUGUACUCUUGAAGGAGAUAUCAAAAAAUUAGAAGAAAUGUCUAUUAGAAAUAAUGUACAUUGGGAAACUCUUGAUGCAGAAUUCAAAUCACGUUAUGAUAGUUUCCAAUUCUUUUCAUAAUUAUAUUAAUAAUAAUAACAAUAAUAAUAAUAAUCAACACCAGAAGAAUCUAAAUAUGUUACUAAAGAUGAAAUUAAUAGAAUGUUUGAAUAAUUUUAAUAGUAGGGAAAUUUAGAAGAUGAUAAAAUUAGAAAAAUACAAAAAGAUCUUUAAGACAUAGGCCAUAAAGUUGAAAGUGCAAAUGAAAUAGAAAGAAGAGUGAAUAGAAUAUUUAGAGAUGUUGAUAUCAAUGGAUUAAUGAAAUAAGUAAAAACCAAGGCCAAUGAAGAUGAUAUGAAGAGAGAAUUAUUUAAUUUAGAAACUAGAUUAGGAUAAGCUAUGGAAACUAUCAAUUAUUUAAGAAGAGAAAUAGAUGCCUUAUAAGGUAAUUUAUUAUAUUUAAUGAAUAGUACAAUUAAAAAAAUCACCUAUGAAUUUCUAAUAAUCAGCUUCACCUCCUACUGAUUAAAUUAUUGGAAUCAAUACAAAGAAACUCUAUCCCAUUAAUUGUCUUAGUUGUAGCACUACCAAUUAAUAAAGAGUAAUGUUUUUUUAUAUCUUAGGUGAAAGGAACUGAUGGAAAAUAUUACUAGGCUGAUAUGAAAAGAUAAACUAUUGAUUAAUAAUAGUUUUAUGAUCUCUAAUAAGACGAAUCUUAAUAAUUUAAUUAAUAACAUUAUGUAUAAAGACCAUAAUCGGCAGUAGUAAAUAAAUAAAGUAAUGGUGCUAAAAGACCUAUAAGUGCUAAGAAAUGA